CGGAGGGAAAGCGAACGCCGUACGGCUGUUACGUAAAGUGGUUUUACAGAUUGUGUACGUUAGUCGGGACCCUGAAGAGCACAGUGUGACAGUAAACAGCGUACCGGUUUACCAGCGUCAGCCGGAGAGAAGAGAGUGAAAAGUUAAGAGUCGUGUCGCUUUUGCUUGUUGUACUCAACAGGCUGUUUGUUCACUGAGCCAGUCUGAACCGACCAUCUGGAUCCAACCGAGACUCCACGGCUGUUAUCAUGACCCCUUGACAUCUGUUCGUUCAUCACUAUGAGCGGUGCUGCCCUGGCCGUCGUGGUCGUGCUGGUUUUCUUCUUGGCCCUGUACCUCCUCCAGCGCUAUGGAGAUUUGCGGAAGCAGCAGCGGAUGGUCCUGCUUGGGACGCUGCUGUCCUGGUACCUCUGCUUCCUCAUCGUCUUCAUCCUGCCACUCGAUGUCAGCACGACCAUCUACAAACAGUGUGUUCAUGACAGCGCGAACCACUCCCCUCCUGUAACUCCAACGAGACGCUCUAAUCGGACAGAUCUUUAUCCAGCUGUCAGUAUACCAAUGAUUUGUGAGGAACCAUGGAGUUACAUCCCAGAUGGUAUCCUACCAGUGUUCUGGAGAGUUGUAUACUGGACUUCCCAGUUUCUUACUUGGCUGCUGUUGCCCUUCAUGCAGUCUUAUGCUCAGUCAGGAGCUUUCUCCAGACUUGGAAAGAUUAAAAUGGCUCUCAUUGAAAAUGCAAUCUAUUAUGGCACCUACCUCAUUAUCUUCAUCAGUUUGCUCAUAUACGUUGCUGCACACCCACAGUGGCGACUGUCAUGGAGAGAGCUGCAAACCAUUGGCAUUACAGCUGCCAACACCUGGGGUCUCUUCCUUCUGGUGCUGCUGCUAGGAUAUGGCCUGGUGGAGAUCCCGCGUUCUUACUGGCGCUCAUCUUCCCAAGAUUAUCUGCUGGCCAAAACCUACUUCAAGGUAGCUAAAAUGGCUACUGAGAAAGCAGCAGCUGAGGAGAACCUAGCAGAUGUCAUGGAGGACGUGGCAGGCGUCCAUCGAUCUGUCAGGUACAACCACUGUCUCAGGAAGUGCGUGGACACCAUUUUGACAAAGUGCCCCACUGAGUAUCAAGAAGAGAUGGGGAGAAACAUGGAAAACUCUGGAGGUGAACAGAAUGUCCUUCCCAACAAAAGAAGCCUAAUUUAUCUUCAUAAAAAAGUCAUCUCUGCAGUCCAAAGACACAGUCAGACUCAGGUUCAGUGGUCUGUCUUGUUAGACGAGGCCUUUCAUCUCGAAGAUGUUGCUAAAAGCCAGAGCAGCUUGGCACGACGGUUCAUCCACAGCUUCCCCUCAGCACGCCACCACACCUGGAUCCAUAGGUUCAUUUACACUCCCGCUGUGGAGUGGUACUGGGAGUGCGUGUUCAGGAGGAGUUUCUGCAGGCUGCUGGCAGUUCUCCUGUGUUUCCUGUCCGCAGCAGUAGUCUGGUCCGAGUGCACCUUCUUCAGCACGCACCCUGUCCUUUCCCUCUUCGCUGUUUUUGUGCACAUGGCGGAACAACAACACAACUACAUAUGUAUCGAGAUGGUGUGCUUUGUCAGUAUACUCUUCCUUUGUGUCUGCGUCUACUCCACAGUGUUCAGGAUAAGAGUUUUCAACUACUACUACCUGGUGCCACAUCACCAGACUGAUGCUUACACCCUGCAGUUCUGCGGCAUGUUGUUUUGUCGCCUGACCCCCCCUUUGUGCCUCAACUUUCUGGGUCUGAUUCACAUGGACUCUGCCAUCUCACACCAGGACAGGAUACAGACAUCCUACACCUCUAUCAUGGGCUCAAUGAGUGUGCUAUCUUUCAUAUCUGAUGGGUUCUACAUCUAUUAUCCCAUGCUGGUUUUGCUGCUCUGCUUUGCCACUUUUUACAGCCUGGGCUCUCGGUGUUUGAACCUCCUGGGCUUCCAUCAGUUCAUCACUGAUGAUGACUUGACCUCUGACCUGGUGGAUGAAGGCAGAGAACUCAUCAGAAGAGAAAGAAGAAAAAGACAGAAAGCUGAGGAUGGAGGAAAUCGUAGACGGGCUUGGAGGGAGCGGUAUGGAGUCCAAGGCGCGACUAGGCAGACCAGAGCCGGUUACACAGAGUUAAAGGAUAACCAGAGCAGCCCCAUCACAGAGCUCAAGAGCAGUGUUAUCACUAGAACAGAUGGGGAAACCGAGGAACAGCACAGAGCCUUACUCCAAGGCGAUUCUAGUGAUGAAGGUUCACCAAACAGAAGAUCCAGAGGAGGACGUUACCUGUCUCUGUCACCUUCUCAGACUGGAGUAUUUGAUGAUGUCUGAUACACAGAAGACAUGGAGGGAAAGGCAAAGCUGGUGCAUACUAGAAAU